AUGGGCGCGGUCGGCUUCGGGGGUUCCGCCAGCGAGGCAGAUGGCGGAGGAACGGCAUUGGCUGUCGGGGCAUUGGCCGGGGGAUUCGACGUGAAGGCAUUGGGGGGAGGGGAAGCAAAAGAGAUGGCGGGCAGCAGUGCGAUUGGUGGUGGCGGUGGUGAUGGUGGUGGUAAUAGAGCGCAAGUGGCGGCAGGAGAAAUAGGGGCGUUAUUACCCUCAGAUGCGUCAGCUUUGCCCGGUCCUGUGGCGGCUGCUGCUGUGAAUGGCGCUGAUGGUGGCGCUGCUGCUGCUGCAAGCGCACAGCAAGUGGAUGGCGCGAAGUCGGAAGAGGAGGAGGAGGCGGAGGGAGCUGGGAAAGAGGGUCAGGAGCAGGAGGAGGAGGGGAGAGCAGAUGUGGAUGCGCGGUCUGGUUCACCCGGUAACGGAUCAUUGCGUGGCGGGGAUAGUUCCGGCGGAGAGGGGGACGAGGCGGAGGCGGAUGAUCCGGAGAGCAACGAGGAGGCGGUUAUGGCUGCGCGGCUGUCCAUGGCGAGCCUGGCUGCGGGCAUCGCCAGUCAGCCCGACUAUGACAGUCCUGGCGCCGACAGUGAUGGUGAUGGCGACGGUGGCGGUGGCAGUGGCGGUGGCAGUGGUGGUGGUGGCGGCGGAGGCGGCAGGGGAGGCGGGGGGAGUGCGAGCGGUGGGGGGAGCUCGGCGGGGAAGGCGGACCGGUCGUUGGAGCUGGGCGAUUUGAUCGGCAUGAUUAAAGACGCCGAGUCCAGUGAGUGUGCCGUGCUGCUGCCUGCAUGCAUGUGCAAGUGCAUGCACCCCCGUGCUGUUGUUCUUUUGAGCACGUUUCUCCCUUCUCUGUUUGGCCCCACCCGCCUCCUUCCCCCUUCCUGUUUUCCGAUUGCUACUUUCUCACACUCCAUCCUCGUUCCCCCACGCUUUUCCCAAUCCCCGGGCCCCCGGUCCACCCCGGUUUCCCCAUUCCCUCUUUUCUUUCCUCCCCUUUCUCCCUUCCCCUCUACCUCCUCACGCUCCGCUUUCCUCCCUCCACCGCACCGAACCCCUGGGAGAGCAGACAUUCUGCUGCUGAACCGAGUGCGGUCGCGCGCGCUGGAGGAGCUGUCCGAGGCGCGCAUGCAGAACGACGGGCUGCAGAACCAGCUGCGAAUCUUCCAGGCGCGCAUCGCGGAAGCCGACGCGAAGCUUCACCUGGCGGUGCAGAGCCGCGAGCGGAGCUCCCUGCUGGAAACGCAGCUGCGCGUGCUGCAGGAGCAGGUGGAGGAGCUGGGGGAGGCGGACGGCGAGGGGGAGGGGGAGGGGGAGGGGGAAGGCGCGGAGGCGGCGGAGGAGGAGGUGGUGGGGGAGCUGGAGAAGCAGGUGGCGGAGCUGCGCGCGCGGGUGGAGGACGGGGAGGAGGCGGAAGCGCGGCUGGAGAUUCUGCAGGGGCGGAACGAGGCGCUGCAGCAGGAGGUGGAGGAGGGGAUCCGCCAGGCGGAGGCCGCGCGGAAGAGGGCGGAGGAGGUGGAGCGGAGGCUGCGCGAGGAGAUGGAGGGGCUGACUGAGAGGCUGGUGCGCCUGCAGGCGGAAUUGGCGGUGUCUCAGGCGAAGGAGAAGGAGCUGGAGGAUGCGGUCGCGGUUAAGGGGCUGCUGGAGCGGGAAGUGGGGGAUCUGCGCGGGAAGGUGGCGGAGAAAGAGGCGGAGAUGGCGCAGGCUGUGCAGGAGCGCGAGGAGGAGGUGGCGCGGCUGCGGGAGAGGCUGGAGCGGGAGGUGGGGGAGCUGGGGAAGAAGGUGCGGGAGGAGGGGGAGCGGAGGCGGGCGGCGGAGGAGGAACGGGAGAGGCUGGAUGGGGAAAUCGCGGCGUUGAAAACGGAGGUGGAGGAGAGGGAAGAGGCGCUGAGGCGAGAGCUGGAGGAGGUGGCAGGGAAGCUAAGGCGAGAGGUGGAGGAGAGGGAAGCAGUGGUGGGGGAAGAGGUGCAGGAGAGAGAGGCUCUAGUGGCUAAGCUGAAACAGGAAGUGGAUGAGCUGACGGAAAGGGUUGGGGAGAAGGAGCGGGAGAGGGAGCGCGCGGAGGCGGAGGUGGGGGAGCUGCGGAAGAGGGUUGAGGCGGCGGAGGAGGUGGUGCGGGCGAAGCAGGGGGAGGUGGAGGUGCUCCAGGAGGAGCAGGCGGAGGAGCUGCGCGCGCUGGUGGCGCGGCUGGGGGAGGAAACCGCGCAGAUGCGGAAGGCGCUGCAGGGGAAGGAGCAGGAGGUGGCGGAGGUUGAAGCAGCGCGGGGGAAACUGGAGGAGGUGGUGAGUCGGACGGAAGGGUGGCUGGGGGAGGUCCGCAGGGAGAAUGCGGACCUGUGGGCACAGCUAGCAGCGCUGCAGCAGCAGAUGGAGGAGUCAGAAGAGAAAAGAGAGCUGGUGGUUCAGUUGACAGAGGAGGAGGAGAGGAAGCGGGAGGAGCAGCGGCAGCAGCUGGUGCUGCAGCUGCAGCAGGCGCAGGAGCGGGUGGGGGAGCUGGAGCGGAAGCAGGAGAUGGUGGCAAAGGUAGAGGCGGAGAUCAGCCUGCUACAGUCCGCAAUUGAGGAGGCGGAGGGACUGGAGAGGAUAUCCGCGGCUGUAGCAGAGCAGAACGAGGAGCUUCAGGGGGAGCUGGCAAGGCUGAGAGAGGAGGUGGCCGCGGCAGAGGCGGCGAGGGCGCGGGAGCAGGAGGAGAGGCAGGCGGAGAAGGAGGACUGGUGGCGGCUGGCUGAGGAGACAGAGGCGUAUCGGGCCCAAGUGGGCGUGCUAAGGAGCGAGCUGAUGAAAACGGACGAGCUGAUGCGAGCGCAGCUGGAGCUGUAUGAAGCCCAGGUGGCCGCUUUUCAGGAGAGUUUAGAUGCUGCGAAUGAGAGCGUGGAGGUGUAUAGGGCCCGGGCGGCGGAGGCGACAGCAGCGGCGGAAGAGGCCGCGGCGAUGGCGGCGGAUGCAGAGGCGGUGGCGGCGCAGUGGGAGGAAGCGGCCGCGUCCGGCGCGCUGGGUGAGCUGAAUCUGGGCGGAAUGACCAGCGGGUUUGUCACCAGUGGGAGCAGCAGCAGCAGCAGUGGGGGAAGGUGGCAGCGACCAGCGGUGGUUGCAGCAGGGGAGCUGCCUUGGGAAUACUGGAGUUCUCUUCUACUGAAGCUGGACGAGCUGCUGCUGCGACGGGUGUUGACAACUGAAGAGGUGGACGAGUUGAGAGACAUGGCGUGGCGGAGGGAGAAGGCGAUCAGAGACGCGUGGGAUUCUGUAGGGGGCGCGGAGGUGGUGCAGGCUGUGGCGGCGGGGGGGAACAGUGACGCGGUCCUGGGGAGAGAUGCGGUGGUGGCGGGUGCGCUGAGGGGGGUGCUGGGAGGGGAGCAGCCGCCGCUGCCGCCCCUGCAUGUGGUGCAUAUAGCUGCGGAAAUGGCUCCUGUGGCGAAGGUAGGGGCGUGGGGUGGGGAGGUGCGAGAGGGGCGGGUGGGAGGGCUAGCAGACGUGAUCACGGGGCUGUCGAAGGCUCUGCAGCGCCGGGGGCACCUGGUGGAGAUCAUUCUGCCCAAGUACGACUGCAUGGACUACUCCCGCAUCAACGACCUCAAGCCAUUGGACCUCAAGUUCUCGUCCUUCUUUGACAAUGAAAUGCACGCCUGCAAGAUAUGGAGGGGCAUGGUGGAAGGGCUGCCAGUGUACUUCAUAGAGCCGCUGCACCCCGCGCGCAUGUUCUGGCGGGGCACCUUCUACGGGUGCAACGACGACUUCCGGCGCUUCACGCUCUUCUGCCGCGCUGCCCUCGAGUUCCUCUACGUCUCGCACAAGCGCCCCGACAUCAUCCACACGCACGACUGGCAGACCGCUGUUGUGGCGCCGCUGUAUUGGGACGUGUAUGUGCCCAAGGGGCUCAACUCAGCGCAGCUGGCAUUCACGUGCCACAACUUUGAGUACCAGGGGUCGGAGCAUGCCAGUGCGCUCGCUGCCUGUGGGCUGGACGUGAACCGGCACAACGUGCCCGAGCGCAUGAGGGAUAACUUCAUGCACGACAGAGUCAACCUGCUCAAGGCGGGCAUAGUGUUUUCAGGAGUGGUUACCACUGUGUCGCCAACAUACGCCAUGGAAGUCAGAGGGCCCGAGGGCGGGCGAGGGCUGCACCUGACGCUGGGGCAGCACGAGAAGAAGUUUUUUGGCGUGCUGAAUGGGAUUGAUUCAGAGGUGUGGGAUCCCGCCACCGACCCGCUGCUGUGCUGCCCCUACAGCGCUGCUGAGCCCGAGGGCAAGGCGGAGAACAAGGCGUAUCUCAAGUCCAUGCUUGGGCUCUCGUCCUCAGGGCCUGAUGCACACAAGCCGCUGGUGGGGUGCAUCACGCGUCUGGUGCCACAGAAGGGAGUGCACCUCAUCCGCCACGCCAUCUACCGCACGCUGGAGCGCGGUGGCCAGUUCGUGCUGCUUGGAUCCAGCCCCGUGCCCGACAUCCAGAAGGACUUUGAGGGCAUAGAGCGGCAGUUCAGCAGCGACCCCAACAUCCGGCUGGUGCUCAAGUACGAUGAGAGCCUCUCGCACCUCAUCUACGCCGGCUCCGACCUCUUCAUCAUCCCCUCCAUCUUCGAACCCUGCGGCCUCACCCAGCUUAUUGCGAUGCGCUAUGGUUCCAUACCCAUCGUGCGCAAGACAGGCGGGCUCGCAGACAGUGUGUUUGAUGUGGACGACCCAUCCAUCCCCGUGGAGAAGCGCAACGGCUUCAGCUUCACUGCCAGUGAUGUCAAUGCGCUCAACUACGCUCUUGACCGAGCCAUAACAGCGUACUACGAGCGGCGCGAGUGGUGGGUGCAGCUGGUAGCGCACACCAUGGCCAUGGACUUCGGGUGGGAGCAAUCCAGCCGGCAGUACGAGCAACUCUACCACCGCUGCCUGCCUCACCGCCGCACCUGGUGA